AUGUGCCUCAGACUAAGAGCAGGACGAAGGGAACGUCUCAGGGUCGAAGGAUUGGACCAAGUGAAAGACCAUCGCUACAACGCAGAGCAAGCGAAGAGCGAGUCUGAGGCUUGUCCUCCCAUGGGUCUGGAGUCUCUGAAGAUCGACGACUUCCAGCUUCACGCCUCAUCCUCACGGCGCUACGGACUAGGAGCGCACCGUGGCCGCCUCAACAUCCAGGGGGGCCUGCUUGAGGAUGACCUUCAUGGUGGUGCCUGGUGCGCCGGCAGAGAGGACCAGGUGCAGUGGAUAGAGCUGGACGCUCGCAGACUCACACGCUUCACUGGUGUCAUCACACAGGGACGCAGCUCUCUGUGGACGAGCGACUGGGUGACCUCCUACAAAGUCAUGGUCAGCAACGACAGCCACUCCUGGGUCACGCUGAGGAACCAAAGCGAAGAUUUGGUGUUCAAAGGGAACUGGGAGAAGGAGGUCCCGGUGCGGCGGCUCUUCCCGGUCCCGAGGGUGGCUCGUUACCUCAGGAUCAACCCCCAAAGCUGGUUCCACAAGGGGGGAGUGUGUCUGCGGGCGGAGGUCCUGGGCUGUCCCCUGCCAGAUCCACACAACUACUACCAUCGACGCAACGAGGUCAUCACCACCGACGAGCUGGACUUUAGACACCACAACUACAAAGAGAUGAGGCAGUUGAUGAAAACAGUGAAUGAGAUGUGCCCAAACAUCACUCGCAUUUACAACAUCGGGAAAAGCUACAACGGCCUGAAACUGUACGCGUUCGAGAUCUCGGACCGACCAGGAGAGCACGAAGUCGGGGAGCCGGAGUUUCGGUACACGGCUGGUUCCCAUGGUAACGAGGCGCUGGGCCGUGAGCUCCUCCUGCUGCUGAUGAACUUCCUGUGUGUGGAGUAUCUGAGCGGAAACCCACGAGUGCGCCACCUGGUGGAGGAGACCAGGAUUCACCUGGUGCCCUCAGUCAACCCAGACGGAUACGAGAAGGCAGAGCAACUGGGCUCGGAGCUGAGUGGCUGGUCUCUGGGUCGCUGGACUCAGGAGGGCAUAGACGUCCACCAAAACUUCCCAGAUCUGAACAGUGCUCUGUGGGAGGCAGAGGCCCAGAGGCUGGUCCCCCGCAGGGUCCCCAACCACCACCUGCCCAUGCCCCUGUGGUACCAGGCGCGCAACGCCUCGGUGGCAGUAGAGACCCGUGCUCUGAUCUCGUGGAUGGAGAAGUUCCCGUUUGUUCUUGGGGGAAACCUCCAGGGGGGAGAGCUGGUCGUCACGUACCCCUACGACAAGACUCGAUCUGUGGAUUCACUCCGCAAGGCCAGCCCCUGUCCAGAUGACCACGUGUUCAGAUGGUUAGCCUUCUCCUACGCCUCAACUCACCGCCUGAUGACUGCGGCGCAGAGACGAGUCUGUCACAGUGAGGACUUUGCCAAAGAGGACGGCGCCAUCAAUGGAGCGGCGUGGCUCUCUACAUCUGGGAGUAUGAAUGACUUCAGUUACCUGCACACUAACUGUCUGGAGCUGUCGAUGUUCGUCGGCUGCGAUAAGUUUCCUCAUGAGAGUGAACUCCCAGAGGAGUGGGAGAACAACAGGGAGGCUCUGCUGGUCUUCAUGGAGCAGGUUCACAGAGGAAUCAAAGGUGUGGUCAGAGAUCUUCAGGGACGUCCCAUCGCCAACGCCACCAUCUCUGUGGAGGGCAUCAACCACGACGUCAAGUCUGCCACAGACGGAGACUUCUGGCGCCUCCUGAACCCGGGUCAGUACCGGGUCUGGGUGCGGGCCGCAGGGUUUGGGUCCAGUUCCAAAAGGUGUGAGGUGGGAUACGAUCCCAGACCCACGCCUUGUGACUUCACCCUCAGCAGAACUAACCUGACCCGCCUCCGGGAGAUCAUGGACCGGUUCAACAGGCAGAACCUCCGGCUCAAGACCAGACCCGGACCAGACCUGGACCGGAGCAUAGGCUGA